AGGACCAGCACACUCAGCGACUGUCAGCAGAAUCUGCUUCCUCGAGCGCAGCGGAGCCUGGUCCGGGGCUGGCCCCUCUGCUGCUCCUGGAGCGGGCCAUGCCACCGCGGGAGCUGAAUGAGGCCGAGCCGCCCCCGCUCCGGGCCCCGACCCCUCCUCCGCGGCGGCGUAGCGCGUCCCCGGAGCUGGGCAUCAAGUGCGUGCUGGUGGGCGACGGGGCGGUGGGCAAGAGCAGCCUCAUCGUCAGCUACACUUGCAAUGGGUACCCCGCGCGCUACCGGCCCACAGCGCUGGACACCUUCUCCGUGCAAGUCCUGGUGGAUGGAGCCCCUGUGCGCAUUGAGCUCUGGGACACAGCUGGGCAGGAGGACUUUGACCGCCUUCGCUCCCUCUGCUACCCUGAUACCGAUGUCUUCUUGGCAUGCUUCAGUGUGGUGCAGCCCAGCUCCUUCCAAAACAUCACAGAGAAAUGGCUGCCAGAGAUCCGUACUCACAACCCCCAGGCACCUGUGCUGCUGGUGGGCACCCAGGCAGACCUGAGGGACGAUGUCAAUGUACUGAUUCAGCUGGACCAGGGGGGUCGGGAGGGCCCUGUGCCCCAACCCCAGGCUCAGGGUCUGGCCGAGAAGAUCCGGGCCUGCUGCUACCUUGAGUGCUCAGCCUUGACACAGAAGAACUUAAAGGAGGUGUUUGACUCUGCCAUUCUCAGUGCCAUUGAGCACAAAGCCCGCCUGGAGAAGAAACUGAAUGCCAAAGGUGUGCGCACCCUUUCUCGCUGCCGCUGGAAGAAAUUCUUCUGCUUUGUUUGAGCAGCUAUGGUAACAUAGCCAGUAGUAGGCCGGAGGCCAGAGACUUCUGGAACCUGGGGCAUGGGGCCUUUGAGGGGGCUACUGGCAAGGCCUGGCCAUCCCAUAGAAUUCAGUUCCCUUCUGAACACUGUGGGCACAUGGGCCUCUAACUGCCUACUCUUAUGUGCUAGGGUGAGCCUAGGGCCUGGAAGAGAGAAGGCUCUGAUUUGGAUUUCUCCAGUCAGGGCUCGCAGAGAAAACCCAGCACUUUGAUUUUCAUAGGAUGGACCUAACAAGAUCAUCCACCUCUGAGGAGUUUGAGAUCCAAUUCCCAGUUUCUUAUCAUGGGCCCUUGGGUCAGCCUGGCUAAAUUAGGAUCCCUCGUGUUGUGGUCACCACCUCCUCCUUGGCACAGAGGUGGAGAAGAGCCUGGGGAACACUGGGGCAUCUUGAAGGUAGAAGGUGUUCAGCCCUGAUUUAGAAAUGGUUUGGAUGGAGUGGGUAAGACAGAGGCCAGUGGGUGUUUAAGAGAGGGAACAGAAAGUGAGGCCUGGGCCUGGAAGGAGGAAGACAGGAGGGGAAGAGCAGGGAAGUGGGCCAGCUGAGGAACAGGCUGACACCUGGGCUGCCUUCCACCCCCAAGGCCGGGCCAGCUGGUCCCUGGGAAGAACUGGGUCUCGAGGCUCCCUAGGUACUGCCCAAACUGGCUGGGCCAGGAGUAGGGCAGGAAGUGAGAGUCAAGACCAGCAAAGGGAGGGGGAGGAGCUGCAAAUUAGAGCCUAAAGGAGGAAGGGAUUAGGAGUCAUCCUUUCCUCAAGAUCACACAGCUAAGAAGGUAGUGCAGUGCAGACUCUCCAAAUAAAACCUUAAGUUUGUGAA